GUGAAAGUCUGACUGCCAGGCGCCAUUUCAUUUCUCACAGCUCGACAGAGGAGUAGGACAGGGCUGGAGAAGAUGAUUGCUUUAAAAGAUGAGGAAGAGGACACAUCUCCAGUCCCCAGCUGUCUGUCUCUGAAGAGUGACCAGUCUAUGUGGGAACCUCCAAACUUCAGUACUGAACCCGGACCCUCAGACAGGAAGAGGAAGAGUCCUGUUCCUGUGGAGGAGCAGCUGUCCAGCUGUGCUCUGUGUCAGGACGUCCUGAAGGAUCCAGUCUCUACCCGCUGUGGACACUGGUUCUGCAGACAGUGCAUCACCUCAUACUGGGAGCAGCGACCUCCAUCAGGAGACCCCUCCUGUCCCCAGUGUGGAAAAAGUUCCAGAACCAGAGCUGGACUGCAGACAGCCAGUCAGACCAGCUCUGUAGGAAAUGGUCUGCAGGAGGUCUUAGAGGAGCACAGGACGAGUCUGAGGAGGAGAUGUGAACGUGUGAGUGAAGGAACUGAUGGAAGGGAAACCCUCCUCAACAGGAUCUACACUGAGCUCUACAUCACACAAGGACGGAGUGAAGAGGUUAAUACUCAACAUGAGGUGAGGCAGCUGGAGACAGCUUCCAAGAAGAAGACCCUCCAUGACACUCCAAUCAAGUGCCAGGACAUCUUUAAAGCCUUACCUGACCAUCAGACCCACAUCAGAGCGGUCCUGACCAUCGGCAUCGCUGGCGUUGGAAAAACCUUCUCAGUGCAGAAGUUCACUCUGGACUGGGCCGAGGGUUUGGAGAACCAAGAGGUCAGUCUGGUGAUCCCGCUCUCCUUCAGGGAGCUGAACCUGAUCAAAGCUGAGCAGUACAGUCUUCUCAGGCUGCUCCAUGUUUUCCAUCCAGCCUUACAGAAGGUCACAGCAGAGCAGCUGGCUGUCUGUAAAGUGCUGUUCAUCUUUGACGGCCUGGAUGAAAGCAGACUCUCUCUGGAGUUCAGAAACAGUGAGGUUGUGUCUGAUGUCUCACAGCAGUCCUCAGUCAACGUGCUGCUGACAAACCUCAUCAGGGGGAAGCUGCUUCCCUCGGCUCUCGUCUGGAUCACUUCCAGACCUGCAGCGGCCAAUCAGAUCCCUCCUGAGUGUGUGGACAGGGUGACAGAAGUACGGGGCUUCACUGACGCCCAGAAGGAGGAGUACUUCAGGAGGAGAUCCAGAGAUGAAGAACAGUCCAGCAGAAUCAUCUCUCACAUCAAGAGCUCCAGGAGCCUCCACAUCAUGUGUCAGAUCCCAGUCUUCUGCUGGAUCACUGCUGCAGUUCUGGACCACAUGUUGAAUACAGACCAGAGAGGAGAGCUGCCCAAGACCCUCACUGACAUGUACUCACACUUCUUGCUGGUCCAGACAAAGAGGAAGAAGCAGAAGUACCAUGAGGGACAUGAGACGAGUCCACAGCAGCUGACGGAGGCUGACAGGGAGGUUCUUCUGAAGCUGGGGAGGCUGGCGUUUGAACAUCUGGAGACAGGAGACAUCAUGUUCUACCAAGAAGACCUGCAGCGCUGUGGUCUUGAUGUCACAGAGGCCUUGGUGCAGUCAGGAGUUUGUACAGAGAUCUUCAAAAGAGAGAGUGUGAUCUUCCAGAAAACAGUCUACUGCUUUGUUCAUCUGAGCGUCCAGGAGUUCCUGGCUGCAGUCUACAUGCUGCACUGCUACACCAACAGAGACACAGCGGUACUGAAGGACUUCCUGCAGGGAGACUAUAACAGCAGGUAUAGCAGUGAUCAGGAUUACCCAUCCCUGGAUGUCUUUCUGCAGAGAGCCAUGAAGAAAUCCCUCAGAAGUGAAAAUGGCCACCUGGACCUGUUUGUCCGCUUUCUCCACGGCCUCUCUCUGGAAUCCAACCAGAGACUCUUAGGAGGUCUGCUGGGUCGCAAAGACAACCGUCCAGAAAUCAUCCAGAGACUCUUAGGAGGCCUGCUGGGUCGCACAGACAACCGUCCAGAAAUCAUCCAGAGAGCCAUCAGCAACCUGAAGAAGAGGAGCGGUUAUGAUAUCUCUCCUGACAGGAGCAUCAACAUCUUCCACUGUCUGACAGAGAUGAAGGACCACUCAGUACAUCAGGAGAUCACAGAGUUCCUGAAGUCAGGGAACAGAUCAGAGAAGGAGCUCUCUGAGAUCCACUGCUCAGCUCUGGCCUACAUGCUGCAGAUGUCAGAGGAGGUUCUGGAUGAGUUGGACCUGAAGAAGUACAACGCAUCAAAGGAGGGACGACUGAAACUGAUUCCAGCUGUGAGGAACUGCAGGAAGGCUGUACUUACUUACCGUUAUCUCUCAGAGGCUCACUAUGAGGUGGUGGCCUCAGCUCUGAAGUCUGACCCCUCCCAUCUGAGAGAGCUGGACCUGAGUUACAACGUUAAUCUGCAGGAUUCAGGAGUGGAGCUGCUGAGUUCUGGACUAAAGAGUCCAAACUGCAGACUGGAGGCUCUCAGUCUGAGGUGCUGCAGUCUGUCAGAGAUCAGCUGUGCUGCUCUGGCCUCAGCUCUGAAGUCCAACCCCUCCCAUCUGAGAGAGCUGGACCUGAGUGGCAACACUCUGCAGGAUUCAGGAGUGGAGCUGCUGAGAGAUCUUCUGGAGAGUCCUCACUGCAGACUGCAGACUCUCAGGAUCACAGGCGAGACGAUCACAGCCAAGAUCCAGAAGAGCUGUGACUCCAGAACAGGAAGUGGAGACACACAGAAAGAAUAAAGGAGCUUAACCAGGAGGACGCCAUAUCUGUGGUGCUGGAGUUGAUCCGAGAGAAGGACGGAGUUCAACUGCCAGCCAACCAAACAUAUUCAUACAUACGGAGCUUAAAUGAAGCAAUAUGCACCAUAGAGUGUGAUCCAUACUAACUUAAAACAAACUGCGUAUAACGACCACACCAUAGCUGAGAGAACGGAGGGUUAUGAAGACAUACCUGACCGUCAAGAUUCAUUAUUAAAAUGUGCAUUUCCACGUGGUGAACACCAUCACAACACCAGCAUUCUGAAGCACAAUUUGAAAUGUAUGCUGCUUAAAGUCUCAAAUUAGAUCUAUUGUCCAUCUAUAUUUUGGUUAUUAUUGAAUGGAAACUGUCCAUAAUCAAAGAGUCCUUCCGUUUCAGACUGAUGAAGUCACUCAGCGAGUAUCAGGACGAUCUGAUGUAGAGUUUCAAGAUAAAAGACCUUUGGAAUUUCAUUUAUCAAUCAUGGUCCCUCCAUGUUGGUACAUGAAUAAAUAAAUCUCUAUUGCUUAUUAUAUUUCACUGCAGGGUGACAGCAGGACCCCCCAUCUAGUGACUCAGCCAGGACAAUCUGAUGUAGAGUUUCAAAAUAAAAGACCUUUGAAACCUCAUUUAUGAGCUAUCAUCCCUCUGAGGAACAUCAUAACACUUCUCCAGUCGGGCCUUGCUCUCCCAGGAGCAGGAGGAAAAGCUUCAUUCCUUCGAACAUGUGGACUUGUGUCUUAUCGCUGUAAAAUAAUGCAGGGAGGUUUCCUCAGUUCUUCCUGAGACCUGCAGAUGUUUGCAGCUUCAUCUCUGAAACAUAUUUCUGUCAGACAUUUAGCAGAAGCUGUUUCAUAACUAUAUAUUCCUAACAGCUGAGGAGUAUUUGGUAUAGUUCUUAUACUCUUCUUCUUCUUCUUGAAUUAUUCUCUUCUUCAUCGUCACGGACCGCCCCGAGCCGGGCACUCUGGUGCAGCUGCAGGCUGGGGAAUAGGCUCUCUGUACCAUGAUGUUACAUACCAUAAUACCAAGGGAAAUUCAGUUUGUUUAAUACUCAGACACUCAGGAAGACACCUCCUGGUUCUCUACUAGAACACCUAUCAGUACCUGAGUACUGGUUAGUGUUAGCGUGGUCAUCAAGCUUUAGCCCGGCUCGGGGCGGUCCGGCUCUUUCUGUAAACCUUGGUUUUGAUACUGCUGGAUCUGAAAUGUAAUAAACAAUAAAAGUGAGACAGAAAGAAA